GUCAAUAAACCACAGAAGAAGAACAGCAAGAAAUGCCGCGAAGCACGAGGCUGAUAGGAGGCGGUGUUUGUUUGGACGUCCGUGAGGUGUUUGGACAGUAAGAACGACACGUGGUUCGUGUGGAACUCCCAGCAUUUGGUCUUAAAUGAGCGAAUACGUGUUGAACGUAAAGACAACGUGGCUGUGAUACUAGCAGGUGAUCGGUGUUCAGAGGACUUUGGAGUUUGUUGGAGCUGAAGAUCUUUUGCUGCUGCAGGAAGCAUGUCUUCAGAAGAUCAGAAUGAUGAAGAAACCUUCAGACUCCGUGAAGGAACCAUCGUCCAGAACGAGCAGGAGAUCCGUGGUCAGCGCAGACUGAUAGAUAUCACCUGGAACCCGCAGCUUCAGCUCCACUUUACAGUCCUUCCCCAGAAUUAUGCGAGUGAAGAGGACGAUCUUUACAACCAGCAGAGGAAUUUAAGAGUUGAGCAGGAGGAAUCAGAGUCUGCACAGAUUAAAGAAGAGCAGGAGGAACUAGAACCUCCACAGAUCAAAGGGGAGCAGGAGGAACAAGAACUUUCACAGAUUAAAGAGGAGAAACAGGAAGAUUCAAACCCUCUACUGACAAAAGAUGAACAAGUAGAGCUCUGCAUCAGUCAGGAUCUGAAGCAGGAGACUGAAACCUUGAUGGAGAUUCCUGCUUAUGAGGAAAAUGGAAACAAUGAUCUAUUCAAUCAGCAGAGCUUUAAUGUAACUGACAGUCUGGAAGAAGAAGAAAACCAACAUGAAUCAACAUCAUCUUCAGAUGAAGAGACAGACCUACAGAACAGAGAUAGGAGGAAGAGAAGAGACAGAAGUCAUGUCCAAAGUGUGGCCAACUCUCACAUGUCAGAAAGGCAGUGUGACUCUGAUUUUAGGAAACGCUUCAGGAAGGCAGCUUUGGUUAAUACACACAAACCAUCUCCAAACAAGAAGAGACUUUCCUCUGUGGACUCCAGUGAAAGUUCAGGAACUGUUAGUAAACUCUUUGUCUACAGGAAAAACCCGUCAGAUUACAGACUUUAUACCUGUACAGAAAGUGGUCAAAGUUUUAGUUACAGGUCUGACAUGAGAACUGAUUCAGGAGAGAAGCCUUUUAUGUGUAAAGAAUGUGAUAAAAGUUUUAGUCGUGUAUCUCAUCUCAAAAUACACACGAGAAGUCAUACAGGAGAGAAACCUUUUUUGUGUAACGAGUGUGAUAAAAGUUUUAGUUGUGUAUCUAAUUUCAAAAGACACAUCAUAACUCAUACAGGAGAAAAGCCUUUUUUGUGUAAAGUAUGUGCUAGAGGUUUUUGUCGUGUAUCUCAUCUCAAAGGACACAUGAGAACUCACACAGGAGAAAAGCCUUUUUUGUGUAAAAAAUGUGAUAAAAGUUUUAGUUGUGUAUCUAAUCUCUACACACACAUGAGAACUCAUACAGGAGAGAAGCCCUUUUCUUGUAAACAAUGCAAUGCUAGUUUUAGUCAGACAUGUAGUCUUAAAAGACACAUGAGAACUCAUACAGGACUGAAACCAUUUCUAGGCAAAAACUGUAAAUAAUAAUCAAGUGAAAAAAGUGAAUAAAUAUGUUUAAAACUCCAUUGGGACCAUAUUAUUCUGCCAGUAAAUUAUAAAACCCUUGACAAGACCUUACUGAGCUUUUCAAUGAUCUCUGUCAGUAGAAUAAAAUAGAUUCUAAAGUUCUUUACAGAACAAUCUUCUGACAAGCUGUUUGGAGAUUCUGAUUUUCCAGCAAGACUUGCAUCGUUCCCUCUCUACUAAAGACAGGAAUCUGCUUAUUCAUAAACAUUUGUUACUGAUUGAUCAAAUUCUCCUGACCGGAACUCUAAAAAAUCUAUGAACUGUUGUGAAGAAGAUGAGACACCAGACCUAAUAAUGAAAAUGACCUGAAGUCGGCUAUCUGUUCUGUUCUGAAAACACACUUUUUGGUUCUUUUGAUAUAAUUCUCCAAGACUCUUUUUAGGUUUUUAUCAUCUAUAAGCAACUAUGACCACAUU